AUGGACCGUUUGGUGAAGCUUCGUCACCGUUUAUCACCGGGAAUUGUAUCCCUGAACGGUAGUUCCACGUCGUUGGGCGCUGGUUAUGAAACGGCAAAUGAUGAUAGUCUCACAUCGGGAUGUUCGAUGUAUUUUUCGAUGACCGAUGAUGAACCGGGGAAUGCAGAGCAGCAAACGGAAGAAAAAUCGGCCAGGGUGUCGAAUGGCCACCGAAAUGGUGAGGACAGUUCAAUUGACAAAACCCUGGAGAAUGAUUUUUCCGUUGAAGAAGUCAGUACUAUUCGAAAGCCGGUGCUUGCGCACGCUUCACCGGCAACCGUAAAGCUGGCGAAUAAGAUGAGUGUCAAAUAUUUGGGAGUUUCUUCGACACCUGCUAAAUUACUUAGAAGCGCUGGUAAAAAGAUUGCUGUAACCCCCGGCAGUGAGACGGAUAAUCUGAGCGGAUUGGCUAAGCUAGAUGAAACGGAUGAGGCUAAGCAUUCGUCUUCUAUGCUGCAAAAGAUGAGAGAGCCAAAAAUGUCCGAUUGCUCAUCAGAGGACGCGGAAGAGUCGAAGAUAACGCUGGAAGGUAGCGUAAUAGUUGCUGUGCCGGGUUUGGAGGGGAAUAAAUCGUUCGGGACAAACGUACUGGCUAACUUUUUCGCCAAUCUCGACGUCAACAAAGGUACACCGAUUCCAGAAAUCAAAGUAAAUCAACCUGAUGGAAAGCCGGUUGAGGUCGGUCAAACUCCGCCCAAAGGGCGUGAAUCUAAUCCGCUGAAGACUUUCUUUGAGUCGCUUAAGAAAAAUCCCGAUAACAAGCCGGAAAAGGAAAAUCAACCUCAGUCGGAUCGGCGAAAAAGCGUUAGGAAAUCGCUAAUUCCAAAAGCGCCCACAAACAAUUCUAAAAUAAGAAGUCCACUCGUUCGAGGUUCUAUCAGCGAAAACCGUGUUGCUUCCCCCAUAGCAAAACCUGCCCGAAAAUCGGUGCUAACCAAGAUGAUUCCGGACAAGCUUAAGGAAAUGCGAAAAACCAAUCAAAUGGAAUUGGUGAAUUUCAAGCGAAAAUCUGUUAUUCCAUCGCCCAAAGCGGUAGCAUUAAAGCCGGAAACCGUACCGAAACCAACGUUGCCGCCAUCUCGAGCAAAACCCGUUGGCGAUUCGCUCAGAACCGUUAGCGCUAUGCGUAAAUCAGUAAUUCCUGGUGGAAAACCUUCCCCGUUGAAGCGAAAAUCAGUUGUACCCACAGCCAUUGCCUCUAGAAGGUCUGUAUUGCCAGCGAAAAAUUCUCGUCGCUCGGUAGUUCCCCCGUUUUCCAGUGCAGUUCCUCCAACAAAAAUUGUUCCCCUUCGAGUGCCAUCCAAGACGACCGUCACCAGUAGUGAUACUUCACUGAAAAGUGUCCUUGGUAAACGGGCCAGUACGGCUGCGACUGCCGAUGGUUCGGCCGAACCCGUUUCAAAGCUACGCAAAUCACUUGCGCCAGUGAAGGAAUCUAUUAGCAGCUUACGGCGAGUGUCUCCCCGGGCGGUCAGCGCACCGAAAGUCAUUUCGCGAAUUCGUCCGCCUUCAACAAACCCCGAAGCAGCCGGUACUGGAUUCAAAAAACCGGAGACAUUGGCUUGCGAAACUUGCCAGCGUGUGUUUCGGUUCAAAUCGUCACUGGAAAGCCACCGCAAGAUUGUCCAUCAGAACGGUUCACUUACUCAAACAACAAAAGCUUCCGGCCCCAGCAAAGGCAACAAAAGCAGCGAAUCGAUUCCAACGGAAACACGCUGUCGCUUCUGCUCGAAAUCGUUUGCAAACGAAAAAUUUCUUUCGAAUCACGUAGUUUCGAACUGCGACAAAAUUCCGCUUUUGGAAAAACGAAAACUGCUGGCUCACGAAGAGCAACAGCGGGCGGCUGCAAUUGGGCGUUCGUCACCGCGCGCUCGUCCGGCCACUGUCCCUCGCGCCAAAAUGGACUCAACCGGAAGCAACAAGAGCAACAACCGUUCGGCCGAAGUGACCCCCUCGGACACGUCGACUUCCAGCAGCGUGGGAGACACCAGCACGGCUUCGGCUUCGUCGCUAACUGGUGCCGGUGGUGGUGGUGGUGGUAAUGGCAAAAAACGUCCUCAAGUCAUGUCAGCCUCUAAGCGGGCCAUCGGCCACAGCGGUAUCGUACGGACCCCGAAGCGGGAAAUGAAGUGCCAUCAUUGCGGUCGUGGAUUUUUAAAUGCGGUCGAGUACGGACUGCACGUUCAGGCGCACUCGAACGGUGGAUUGGAACCGUCGCUCGACGCGGGCGGGUCGCCGAAGUCGUCCGAAGGGCCGUUGGACGAAACGACGGUGGAGAAAACGUUGCAAACCACCAAUGGUGCACCGAUCGAUAUUGCGGCAAGGCUAGCAUCGAUUCGCAGUCGGAUGAAGAGCAGCAACAAGUGA